CCUCUCCGUCCACUUCAUUCACUAUGAUGCGCGCCUAGUUGGAGGAGACUCUCCGCAGCCAGUCCCCUCCGCUUGCCUAAAACUUUCUAAUGAAAUCCCCAAACUCUUUUUGACACACAUUCUUCUCCAGGGGGUCAAGAGGAAUUUUCUGACUUAUUAAACUUCUUGAAAUUUUGAUUGAGAAGCAAACUUCAGAAUAUGGAGCCCAGUCCCACAGAGGGAGGCGCUGAGGAGAAGCCUGUUAAACCUCUAAGUCCUCCUCACAAAGUGAUUCUCAAACAUGGCCAAGAGCUGGAGGAAGAGCAGGAGGAGCUGGCCGAGCAUCAGCCUCUAGAGCAGGAAGACCUGAACUUUGAGCGAUGGAAGCGCAGGCCGAUUCCCCAGAGGACGCUUCACCAGAAAAUAAUCGACCUGAAGAAAUACCUGUGGAAUGCAGAGACCAACGAAUUCAUGGGUCGCUCCGGAAAGAGCUGGAGCCUCAUCCUCCUCUUCUAUGCUGCACUUUAUAUAUUUCUGGCAGCCAUGUUUGGCGGCUGCUUGUUUUGCCUCAUGUGGUCUAUUAGUCCCUACCAUCCCACCUUCAACGAUAGAGUCAUGCCACCAGGUAUGACGAUGGCUCCGCACCUAGAAGGCCACGACAUCCACUUCAACGCGUCCGAUCGCAAGUCCUGGAAGAAGUACGCCCGGUCUAUGGACGAGCACCUACGACCGUACAACGACGUCGUUCAGGACAGGAAGAAUAUUCGCUGCACAGAGGACUCCUACUUCAUGCAGGAUGACCUGGAGGAGAACGCAGAGCGCAAGGCGUGUCAGUUCAAGCGGUCCUGGUUGGGCGACUGCUCGGGGCUCAAGGACUCCACUUAUGGCUAUUCUCAGGGAAGGCCAUGCAUCCUCCUCCGAAUGAACCGGAUUCUUGGUUACUUACCCGGCCAGGGAAAACCAAUAAAUGUGACUUGCGAAGUGAAGAAAGGGCCGCCGGAAGCGAUGGGAUCGAUCCAGUUUUUCCCCAAAAGCAUUUUCGACAUGAAGUACUACCCGUACUACGGGAAGCUGAGACACGUGAACUACUCUUCGCCGGUGGUGGCCGUGCGCUUUGCGUCGGUGCAGUACGACACUCACAUUCAGAUCCAGUGCAAGCUGAACGGAAAGGGCAUCAUCAACGAUUCGCCCACUGACCGCUACCUGGGCAGCGUGACCUUUUCCCUGGAGGUCGGAGCGUAAAGGCCGGCAGCGCUCCCGUCCCAAAUGCGUUGAACCAUUAUUUUCCGUGACAUACAUAUAUAUAUAUAUAUAUAAUCCCCCCCUCCACCCCCCACACCUCUCCUCAUCUGUGAAACAAAAUUCUCAGAAAGUAGAUAUUUACUCUUGUGUGUGUGUUGUGUCUUUGUAUUUUCGGGCGUGCUACUGGCACCUGCACCCACAACGAACAGUGCUGAGCACGGGACGAGUGCGUAGAGCGGGCUACGAUUCAAUUCCUGAUAUUUUGUAAUGAUUAGCAAGAUUAAUCAAACUAAAUUACUCUCCGCCCAAUAGUUAGCACCUCUGGCUAUGCAAAUCCAAUUAAAACGUUAAUAGGAUGUUAGAAAUCUUUUUGUUUUUUUGGGUUAGAUUAUGGUUUUGUGUGCACAUUUUUGUGGGGGGGAAAAAGUGUACUAAUUUUUUUUUUUUUUUGCAUUAUAUUUUUCGAACAUGUAUAUUGUAAGACUUCAAAGAACUAUCAUGCAAACACUGAAAGCAGGACUUGUACUGUACUUACACAGUAAAAAAAAAA